AUGCCGGGUAAGAAGAAGCAUGGAUCUUAUGAUAUAAUAUCAGAGGAUCUCUAUGAUUACCGUAUUCCAUUACACAAUGAACUCGCCUAUCAACAUGGCAUUCAUUUUGAUGCUAAGUACGUAGGAAGUAUGGAAAUAUCGAGACCCGGCUCACGUAUCGAAAUUGUUGCUGCAAUGCGUCGAGUUCGGUAUGAAUUCAAAGCGCGAGGAAUAAAGAAACGUCCGGUGGAUAUUACCGUUUCCAUUGAUGGUAUUAAAGUUGUUUUGCAUCGAAAAAAGAAAAAUCAGAAGGAGGCAAUUUGGGACGAAAGCAAACUUUUAGUGAUGUUUCAUCCCAUCCAUAGGUUUGCCGCAAAACUAUAUGAGGAUCGAAUGGCGCAAUACAUCAUCUCCUAUAAUUAA